AUGGGUCCAAGAGUUAAGUGGACCAUUUUAUUUUUGUUCUUUAUGCUCGUAUUAAGUCUCGCUGUUACCGCUCAACACAUAGACGAAUCCUCACAAAGAAUAACUGCCCCAAAAAGGAAUGCAGGGAGUGGUGUGAUAGAUGGGUCGGGCCUGGAGCAUAUUGUUAACUCGGAUAAGAGUGUUAAUGGGAUGGGUGAGUGGCAGGUUGGUAAUAGUCGGGUUUCGGUGUCGACAGUUGCUCUUUUCACUCUGGCAAUGGCCGCUGCCACUGGUUUGGGUGCAGUACCUUUCUUUUUCCUGGAGCUCGAUCCUCAGUGGGCUGGGAUAUGCAAUGGAAUGGCUGCAGGGGUUAUGCUUGCUGCCAGCUUUGACCUUAUACAGGAAGGACAGGGGCACGGGAGUGGGAGUUGGGUUGUUUUAGGUAUUUUGGCUGGUGGGAUUUUCAUAUGGCUUUGCAAGAAGUUUCUCGAACAAUAUGGUGAAGUGAGCAUGCUGGACAUAAAGGGUGCUGAUGCAGCUAAGGUCAUUCUUGUUGUUGGAAUUAUGACCCUUCAUUCUUUUGGGGAGGGCUCAGGUGUUGGGGUUUCUUUUGCUGGUUCAAAGGGCUUGUCUCAAGGGCUACUGGUUACUUUAGCAAUUGCCGUUCACAAUAUACCCGAGGGAUUGGCUGUGAGUAUGGUCCUGGCAUCGAGAGGAGUUUCCCCACAGAAAGCCAUGUUAUGGAGCGUAAUUACAUCACUUCCCCAGCCUAUUGUAGCAGUUCCGUCCUUUAUUUGUGCUGAUGCAUUUAACAAGUUUUUGCCAUUUGCCACGGGAUUCGCUGCUGGAUGUAUGAUUUGGAUGGUUAUGGCCGAGGUCCUUCCUGAUGGUUUUAAGGAAUCUUCCCCAUCUCAUGUGGCAUCUGCUGCAACUCUUUCUGUGGCAUUUAUGGAAGCCCUUGGUGCUCUUUUCGAGCACUUUAGUCACAGCUACAACCCGCUCACCCCAGUCGAGUUUUAUCCGGCGACCUGCGAGCAGCACGCAACGACCCUCGCACCUUCAGACAAGUACGAAGACGUCGCACAACCUCAGGCUUUUUCCGUGCAGCGCGCGACCGAUGAGAUGCAGUCCGACAUCAUAUGGCCCUUUCAGACCAGUCUCCCGCAUCCCGCGCAUCAGGCGACAGCCAGAAGCUUUCGUGGAACCGUCGCACUUGACCGUGGAACCUCUUUGCACGCAGCCAUGGACCGUCGCACGCGGCCUGAAGCUUCUCGAUUGAGGGUGACAGUGAUGUCAAUUCUUGGACUUUACGAUGUGCAGGGAUUGGGGAUUUGGUAA